AAGCCUUAUAAUGAAAUUAAUGUUUGUGCUUUUCCUAAUCUUUCUGCUUUCUUCUAAAUUUUCCUUUUUUUUUUUUUUUAUGGUUUCUAUAGCUGGAUUUUCUGUAGGGCAGAUUGUCACCGAUGGCAGUAAAACUUAUCUUCUGAGGCUCUGGGUGAAUUGAUAUGGACUUCCAACUCAUUUCUUUUUCCAUUUUGACUUGGGUUCAUAACUACCUCAAAUGCUGUAUAAAGGAGCCCUGUUGGUGCAACCAUUAAGCGCUCAGCUGCUCACAGAAAGGUUGGCCGUUCGAACUCACCCAGUGGCUCUACGGGAAAAAGACCUGGUGAUCUGGUGAUCUGCGUCCAUGGAGGUUACAGCCAAGAAAACGUGAAUGGAAAAAAACACAUCAAGCAAACCACAAUCAAAAAAAGAGCGGUGGUGAAAAUAUUAAUCUCUGACAAAAUAGACUUUAAAGCAAAAUCCAUCAGAAAGGAUAUGCAAGGACGCUGUAUAAUGAUUAAAGGGUCACUGUGAGUUGGAAUCGACUCGAAGGCGCCCACUAACAGCAACGUCAUGGCCCUGAAGCAGUCAGUAAGAACAGGUCUUUUGGACUAGUUGAUUCUCAUUCAGCGGAAACCCAACCGAUACGUCAUUGUGCUGUGCGCCCAGACAAUGCCUGGUGUUAAAAUGGCAGCAGCAUCAUCACGUGACAUUGUCCGGGGGCAGCAAGCAGCUUGAGGACUUCCUGUUGGUCAAAUUGCAGCUUGAAGGAAGCCCCUGCCCGUUGAGGAGGACUGCAUGGCACACAACCCCCCCCGUGAAGGGGUGACAAUGAGUGUUCCAAUGGCUCCUAAGAAGUCAUGUUACACGCAGUUGCGGGACAACAGAAAUGGAGUGAAAAAUAAUAAUGAGAGUAUCCUCAGUCUGGGAGAUACAAACGCCAAUCAAAUCACGGGAGAGGCCAGUUCCCCUCAUGAUGAGUUGAAGACGUGUGGCCUGGCAGAUGAAACCGGAAAUGCAAACUCAAGGGAGCCAGAAAAUAUCACCCAUUUCAGUAAGGAAUUCCACAAGCUUCAGGGCUUUGGGAAGGACUCUCAGGCCAGCCCCACCAGCCUGAAAGACUGUAAGCUCUCUUCAGCAGUUCACAGGGAGCUGAGUGAGCACACCAUGGAGAAAGGCACAGCUCUUCUGCAGACUCCCCUGGGUGUUCAGGGACCCAGCCUGCCGGGCUGGAGGACUGUUUCAAGUGAGGCAUGUCCGGAGGUUUUGGCUAAAAGGGAUGCUGACAUUACCCAGCAUGUUCCCAAGGAUAAAUUGGCAAAGGCCCUUGACAGCGAGGAGCUGAGGAAACAUUCCACGGAAAGAGCAAGUGGCUAUGCUGUUCAGAUGGACGCGCUCACCAAGGAGCAUGCUGGGAGCGGGAAUCAGCAGCGUCUCCAGCCUGCCUCAGUGGAUGCCACCCAAGCCCUGUGUCCUGUGUCUGGAGGUGGGGAGAAACCACAGAAGACGUUGUCAGUCCACUUUUUAGAGGCAGCUUUUCACUCAGCUGACAGAGCCUCAGAGGAAAAGCUUGGGCUGUAUCCUAAACCAUCUACCUCAGAAAUCAAGGAAACCACCCCCUCAGAGACCCAAAGGGAGGGGCUAAGUGUACUGAAUGUUAGCGAUGAGAGCACAUCACGUUCCUCACAGACGGAGCCUACUCUGCAUUUCAUGUCAGGCUCUAAGGAAAUCCUAAGUCAGCCUGAAGCACAAUUAGUUCAGGGAAAGGAAGAGCCCAAGACGGAGCUGAAAUAUAUUCAACCCAGGGCUGCACAGGAAUUAAAGUCUACUCAGGCAGAAUGUCUGGGGGGUAGUAAGGAAGAUAGUACAUUACCCCUAGAGAGAAAAGAGCCAUGUGGAAAAGCAGAGAAGCCUCCCUCACACCAAGAAGCCACAGGUGCAGUCAGUAGCCUACCCAACAACAAUCUUCACCAUCUUGGGCUGGGAAGAGGAAGUCGUGACGAUGAGAAGAGAGAGGUUGACCUAGAUGAUGAAGAUUCUCUUCAAACCAUCUAUACACAGGGCCCUGCUUCCACUGGCAAAAUUUCACCAAGUGUAGGUAGGAAAUUGGGUGAAACACCACCAAACAUUUCACCAGGUGAAGGUCAGGCAGCUUCUAGUCUUGGUGAUCCACCCAGCAGCGAGCCCUCUGAUGUCAGUGAGAAAAGAAGGAUACUGGGCAGUGGGAACAUGGAUGUUGCCAUGUCUUUGGCUUCAGAUUCUUCUGCUGGAGAAAACAAUACUGGGGUCCCUGAACCCCUUGUCCAUCAAAGCAGCAGCUCAGAAGCAGGAGAAAACAAACAGAUGACUGCAUCUGCUGUUGAAACUAGGAAACUUCUAGAAAAUGCAACUGAGACGGACAGUACCCCAGCAAGAGCCAACUCCCUUUUCAACAUCCCAGCACCCCUCAGUAUCCCAACAGUGAACGUGACCCACCAGCCCAUACUGGCCAGUAGCAGUGUCCAGGAUCUUGGCAUGUUGAGCUUGAACUCGGGGUUCUCCGUGGCUGCCCCACCUGCCCCCGGCAGUGUGCAGUUGUUGAACACUCCCCCGAAAGUGCCUGACAAGAACAUCUGCCCCAGUGGGGUCCCCAAGCCUGUCUUCACACAUUCCAAGGACACGCCUUCCUCUCAGGAGGGAAUGGAGAAUGGCCAGGUUGAAAAAGCAGAUGAGAGGACAGAAGCCAAGCCUGUCAUCAUGCCCAAGCCCAAGCACGUGAGACCCAAAAUCAUCACUUACAUCAGGAGGGGUCCUCAGGCUCUGGGCCAGGUGGAUGCCUCGCUGGUUCCAAUGGGGCUCCCUUACGCCCCGCCUGCGUGUAGCAUGCCUCUUCCCAAAGAGGAGAAGACAGCAGGUGGAGACCUCAAGCCGCCUGCCACCCUCUAUGAGAAAUUCAAGCCAGACUUGCAAAAGCCAAGGGUCUUCAGCUCUGGGUUGAUGGUGUCUGGAAUCAAGCCCCCAGGACAUCAUUUCAGUCCAAUGAGUGAAAAGUUUUUGCAGGAGGUUACAGAUCACCCUGGAAAAGAAGAGUUUUGUUCUCCUCCAUAUACUCAUUACGAAGUUCCUCCAACUUUCUAUCGAUCUGCCAUGCUUCUUAAACCCCAGUUGGGAUUGGGCGCAAUGUCUCGUCUGCCGUCUGCAAAGAGCAGGAUUCUGAUCGCGAGUCAGAGGUCUUCAGCGAGCGCCAUUCAUCCGCCAGGACCCAUAGCAGCCACUGCCAGUCUCUACAGUGCAGAUCCAGCAGCAGAUUUAAAGAAAACCUCCAGUUCCAAUGCUGCAAAAUCCAAUCUCCCCAAAUCUGGACUUCGCCCUCCUGGCUACUCGCGUCUCCCGGCUGCCAAGCUGGCCGCGUUUGGCUUCGUCCGCAGCUCCAGCGUCUCCUCGGUCUCCAGCACCCAGUCCGUGGACAGCGCCCAGACCGAGCCCGGCAGGACCAACCGCUCACCCUUUGGAAAUGAAGACCAGCAGGCUCUGAAGGCAGCUUUGCCUUCCAAAGACACACCCAAGGGGGUCAGCCGAGCAGCACCCCCAGCAUCCUCCAGUGUGGCCACACCCCGCAGGAGUUUACUCCCAGCGCCCAAAUCUGCUUCCACACCCGCCGGGCCGAAGAAAGAAGCACAGAAAGGUCAAGAUGCUCAUAAACCUGCAGUUUCAUCUCCUAAGAGGACCGCAGCGUCAGCCACCAAGCUCCAUUCACCAGGGUACCCCAAGCAGAGGACCACUGCUCCCCGGAAUGGGUUUUCCCCCAAGCCCGACCUGCAGGCCCGCGAGGCCGAGCGGCAGUUCGUGCAGCGGCUGAAGGAGAAGUGUGAGGAGCAGGCCCGGCAGCUCGGCCUGCUGCGGGCGGAGCUCCGGAGAGCCAUCUGCGGCUUCGGCGCCCUUGCCGUGUCCACUCAGCACUUCUUCCGGAAGAAUGAAAGUGCCCUUGUGAAAGAAAAAGAGCUGUCAAUCGAACUUGCAAACAUCAGGGAUGAAGUUGCCGUCAACACAGCGAGAUGCGAGAGACUACAGAAGGAGAAGGAGGAGCUGGAGAAGCGGUUCGAGGAGGAGGUGCAGCGGCUGCGUUGGCAGCAGCAGGCUGAGCUCCAGGCCCUGGAGGACCGGCUGCAGCUGCAAUUCGAGGCGGAAGUCACACGCCUACAGGAGGAGCACGAGAGCCAGCUGCUGAGGAUCAGGUGUCAGCACGAGGAGCAGGUCGAAGAUAUCACCACCAGCCAUGAGACUGCUCUCCUAGAGAUGGAAAACAGCCACACGGUUGCCAUCGCAAUCCUGCAGGAUGACCAUGACCACAAAGUCCAAGAAUUGAUGUCUACCCAUGAGCUUGAAAAGAAAGAAUUGGAAGAAAAUUUUGAAAAACUGCGGCUGUCAUUACAGGACCAGGUGGACACGCUGACCUUCCAGAGCCAGUCUCUGCGGGACAGAGCCCGACGAUUUGAGGAGGCUUUGAGGAAAAACACGGAAGAGCAGCUGGAGGUUGCCCUGGCUCCCUACCAGCACUUGGAAGAGGACAUGAACAGUCUGAAGCAGGUGUUAGAGAUGAAGAACCAGCAAAUACACCAGCAGGAGAAGAAGAUCAUUGAGCUAGAAAAGCUGGUGGAAAAGAACAUUAUCCUGGAAGAAAAAAUCCAAGUUCUCCAGCAGCAGAAUGAAGACCUCAAAGCCAGGAUCGACCAAAACACUGUUGUCACCAGACAGCUGUCAGAAGAAAAUGCGAAUCUUCAAGAAUACGUGGAGAAAGAAACCCAGGAAAAGAAGAGGCUAAGCCGAACCAACGAAGAGCUGCUUUGGAAACUUCAAACUGGGGAUCCGACCAGCCCAGUCAAACUGUCCCCCACAUCCCCCAUUUACCGCUGCUCCUCCUCCGGCCCUCCAUCUCCGGCCAGAGUCAGUACGACACCGAGAUGACGCUGCUGUGCGGCCUGCAGUGCCCGGCUGGCUUAUCCGCCCACUGAGCGCUUCCAUCCUAAGGGAGAAUUAGCCAGAGUAGCUGAUGGCCCAGAGCUGGUCCUGCACGCAUGCUCAGUAGCAGCAUAACUGUGUCCUAGCAGAGCCCUCUUCUGAUUCCCGGGUACGACUGUCUUGAUAUUGGCACACACGUAGGCAGGUAUGAGUGGUAUAGUCCGAUGUGAAAUGUGUGACCGUAGUUAGAGCCAAAAGAAAGAUAACUCCAGCAACGACUUGUUCUUUAGCAAUGAACUUCCACUGCGGAAUUUCAGGUCAGUUACAAAUAUCUCCAUUUUGAAUCUACCUGGGUGAAUCCUUGUGCACUGCGCCAAGAUGUGUGUAUAUUUAGAUAUACCUGUAUACACAUGCAGCCAUUCUGAAUUGCAUUUUUUUAUAACAAGAAAUGCUGACAUAUUUUAAUGACAGUCAGCAGUUUUCUAAUUUGUGCCUCAGAAUCAUUGGGAAAUGAAAAUGCAUUUCUAUCUAGCUUCCCAGGAACAUUUCUACCCAAAAUAGAAAAAGGAAAAAAAAAAAAAAGAUACAGAGAAGAAGCGCCUUGCAACCUACCACCACAUGGGAUCUAUUUAACAUGAACACCAGCGAUUUGUGAAAUGGUAACUGCCUUUGGAUCAGUCAGCUUCUUAGUCAAUGUGAUGUAAGGUCACUGUUAUUCCAUCCACAAGUUUUAAUUAAGAAUGCUCCUGUCAUGAGUGGGAACCCUGGAGAGGGUUAGCAGUUUUGCAGAUGUUACUCAUGACAGUGACUCAUCUACAGUCUCUUAAACACAAGUUUUGCUUUUCUCCUAAAAGUCAUCUGGGAAUCAGUCAUUAAGCUGUUGCCUCCUCGGCAAACACGUGGAAGAUCAUAACCUUCUAGGGUGAGAGUGGGAAUGACCUUGGCGAUGACCAAGACCAUUCAUGCCCCAUCCUUGUAAAGGAGAACCUCAUUGACGGGGUCCAUAUUUGGACGUGGCACAGAGUAGGAAAACGUUCUCCAGCAUUCCAUUUGAUGUGCUCUGAUGCAAUGUUUAAGUGGUCAGUCCACUGAAAUAGGAACCUCGUUCAGGCCCCCAUUUCAUUAGGCAAUUCCUCCCCCCAUCACUAAGUUCUGUAACUCAGCCCAUCAAUGCACAUGGAGAUGGCUCAGGGGUUUCAGCAGGGGCUUCCAGAAGACCCAGUCUUCCAUCCUGGAGGACAGAGUUCCAAGCUCGGCUAGAUCAUCACUCGACAUCUCAGAAGCCCAGAUGAUUGAGCAAAGCCCCUACUGAUGGGGGUCCCCAUCUUGGGCCCAGGAGGGUCUCCCAAUAGAGGAGCCCAGGGAAGCAGCCAGCCAGUAUCACCGGCUCCUGGGCUAGCACUCGUCUCCAAAAUGGUAGAGUUAGAAUGUGAAUGGUGUUCACGUAGUGCUGUGGAAGAUUAGGGGCAUGACACACAAAAGAAAGACGUAGUUUUAACAGUCGAUAUGGUGAUGAUAAUGAUGCCUUUGUUUCUUGUGUGUGAAAAAGACCCUGCACUUUUCUCCCUAAGACCCCCAAAAAAUGUUCUAAGCACACACCUGUCUUUGAGCAUGUCCGAGGCAAGAAUCCCACGUGGCCAAAGCUGGGAAGCAGGGAAGAAAUGGCCCACUGAAAGGGGUUGGUGCGUCCAGGGCCCACCACACGUGCCACACCGGAAUACCUGGUGGUGUGUCCCCAGCAUGCUUCAAAGUUGGGCUGGCGGGCCUCAGGUACACCAUUUCCAGCAAACCGCCAACGGUCUUUUGCCUAUCUUAGGACCUACGCCGUAGAUACACAUUGAAGACAUUUUCUUUUUUCCUUUAGUGGCUCUCUCUGCAUGACGCUGUGAUCUUGAAGUGGGCGUUCCAUUAGAGUAGAGCACCCCACCAACUAGCCCUACUGACACUCGUAUUUAUUCCCGGAGCAGGCACUGCCCACAGGCACACACCCAGCCACAGCUCAGCUCUCAGAACUGCUUCCAAAACCACACCUGCACAGUAGGGUGACCCGGCGAUACAGACUCCGGUGUUAGGGUAGGACGCGUGCUAGGCGACUGCAGUAAACGUUGUAGCAAUGUUAGGUCUAAGGAAUCCCUCCCUAGGUGGACUCCGGCCUUGCCUAACUAACCAGCCCUGACCUUGGUACUUGAGUCAGUUUCCACAUUGCCCUGGCUUCGUUUUUCCAUCACGGGCACUCAUCAUUGAUGCCUCCCGACCUGAACCAUCACCUUUCCCGGGAAAGUUGGGCGGCAGCUGCUGCGCCCCCUCCUUGCCACUUCCACCCCCACAGCAUUAGGAUUGGAACCUCUCUCUCUCAACACGGGAAGUCUUCUCAUCUGUCUCCCAGGCAAGAGCUGUUUUGACCAGCAAAUGCUGCAGCCCCAGCUGCCUCAGGCGUGACCACAGACAUCGCCGUCUCUCCCUGUCACUUGGGAGAAGUGUCUACGUCCUGCCCCUGCCCUCUGCCCACCACCUGCUGGGACUCAGCUCUGGAUGGUUGUCGGGUGGGGUGGGCGGCCUGGAAGGCGGGCACGCUCUGUUACUAUCUGAAUGAAGUCACAACACUCCUCUUCCCGCGCCUACUUUCUGUGUUGCAUAUGUGUGUUUAAUUCUAAAGCAUAUUAAAAUUAAC